GCGACCAUGUUAGAGAGUGGCCGUGAUUCUGGUAUGAGCUUGGAGACUCUCAAUUCCACCCAGCGAACUUCCAUGAGCAGCGAAAGCAUUUGUAGCACCAGCUUCAGCCGUCUCUCCUUCGACCUCCUCCCAACCUCAUCGCCCGAGAGUCUCUCCAUCAAGCCUCACCGUUCCUCCGACUUUGCUUACUCCGCCAUACGCUCCGCCACCUACCGCCGCAAGUCCGGCCUCACCUUCCGCGACUUCCACCUCCUCCGCCGAAUCGGCGCCGGCGACAUCGGCACCGUGUACCUCUGCCGCCUCCGCGACGGCACCGGCGACGAAUCCGACGACGAAGAAACCGCCUGCUUCUACGCCAUGAAGGUGGUGGACAAGGAGGCGGUGGCGCUGAAGAAGAAGGCGCAGAGAGCGGAAACGGAGAGGAAGAUUCUGAAGAUGCUGGACCACCCGUUCCUCCCUACGCUGUACGCAGAGUUCGAGGCAUCUCAUUUCUCUUGCAUUGUGAUGGAGUUUUGUUCCGGUGGGGACUUGCACUCCCUGCGCCACCGCCAUCCUAACAAGCGUUUCUCUCUCUCCUCUGCAAGGUUUUACGCGGCUGAGGUACUGGUGGCAUUGGAGUACCUCCACAUGCUGGGAAUCAUCUACAGGGAUUUAAAGCCGGAAAACGUGCUGGUUAGAUCAGACGGUCACAUCAUGCUCUCUGAUUUUGAUCUCUCUCUAUGCUCCGACGCAAUCCCAGCCGUUGAAUCACCAGAUCCUGCAUUACAACCUGAGUUAUUACCCUACACCCGCCCCUACUCAACGCCCUUCUCCUGCCUCUCCAAGCGAGUCUUCCGGUCCAGGAAGGUCCAAACCCUGCAGUCGAACCGGCUCUUCGUUGCUGAACCUGUUGGGGCCCGGUCCUGCUCCUUCGUUGGGACCCACGAGUACGUGUCUCCGGAGGUGGCCUCCGGCAACUCUCACGGCAACGCCGUCGACUGGUGGUCCUUCGGGAUAUUCAUCUACGAGCUGCUGUACGGCCGCACCCCGUUUGCGGGACCAACCAACGAGUCUACGCUGCGCAACAUCUUAAAAAAGCCCCUCGCCUUCCCUACCACCACGCCCUCCAGCACGCUUGAGCUGCACGCGCGGGACCUGGUGUCUCGGUUGUUGAACAAGGACGCGAACCGCAGGCUCGGGUCUAAGCGAGGCGCUGCUGACGUCAAGAAGCACCCGUUCUUCGCAGGGCUCAACCUGGCGCUGAUUCGGAUGGUGAUGCCGCCGGAGGUGCCGUGCCUGAGACGGCACAAAACGUCACCGUUGUUGCCCGUGAACGGCAACGGCAACAAACACUGCAGUAGUAGUAGUAGACAACAGCCAACGGCGUCGUUUGAUUACUUUUGAAACUUCAACGAUGAACGCGUUCUACGGCACGUGUUCAGUCGGUGCCCCCAGAUUUUGUAAC